AUGUGUGUUGACCUUUUAGCUUCGGUAUCGAUUGACCGACGGAGCCACUUGCGUGGCAUGCGGCUGAGGCUAGGGUCUUUUAUCGUCAUGCCUCCCUUCCUACAUGCUCCUCCCCCCUUGUCUGCACCCUUUUCUGUCAAGGUUGUCCGCGAGGAUCUCGAGAACGACAUCCGCCCAGCCAGUUUGGCUGACUGUCGCCGCCACGUGCUCGGUGUGCAUGCUCGUAUCUCUCAGGACCUGUUGACGCUCUGUUGCCAGGCGUCUCGUAUCUCCAAGGAGUCUGGCUACAAGUUGUACGCCGACAGCGCGCUUCUGGCCCUGUCGGAGCAGUACAAGUCGCGCAACCAACGUCCUCUGCCUCCGGCGCCUCUGCGAACCGCGUCGAUGGUGCCGGUCACGUCGAGCUCGGGGGUGGGCAAGUUCGACGCCCUGCCAACCGGCAGCAGUCCGUCGAUGGGGGCGGGCCACUUUGCCAGCCACUCGUCCGGCGGAGUGAGCGGUGGGGGAGCAGUCUUUCCGGGACUCGAGGAGUCGUCGCCCGUCGUGGCCAGCCCGACUUGUCGGGCCCAGUUGGCACGGUCGUCCAGACUUCCGGGCUCCGGCUACUUGGCGGGUGGGUAUGGCGACGGAGGCGAGCGCGACGGACAGGAGGAGAGGGAAGAGGAGGAGAGGGAAGAAGAGGAAGAAGAAGAAGAAGAAGAAGAAGAUGAGGAAGAGGAGGAGGGGGAGGGGGAGGAGGAUUCGUCGACUCUACAGGCCGACGAGGAGGAGGAGACGGCGGUGGCUGGGGACCGCCGGACGACGGGUCGCGAUGCCAAGCGCAAAGAGAGUGAAGGCGACGGCAACGGCAACGGCAACGGCGAGAGUGUGGCCGAGGCCGAGUUGGACGACGGCGAGGGCAGCGAUCGAGCCGGCGGCGACAAGUCGGCCGGUAUGGACAUUGCAGCCAGCGGUUCGUUGUCGGGCCAUGACUCGAGUCUCUUGCAUGCCCAACUCGGCCUGCCGACGCAUUGGCGGCUCGACCGCGUCGUCAACCUGCCCUACAGCCGGCCGCACAUCAUGGGCGUACAUGCGCAUGUGCCCGAGCGCUUCAAGACGGCCGCCAUGAGCGCCAGUCGGUUGAAUCGCGAAAACUAUGCCCUCUUCCCUGACGACCAACUGUUGAUGUUCGCCAAUCACGGCUGGCGCGGCGGAGCGCCGCUGUUGCCAACUGGCAGCCUCGUCUCGGGUCACUUGGCCCCGUUGCGCCAACUGGACGCGGCCCAGCACGAGUCGGCCGCGCCGACAGCAACCAUGUGUCACCUGGGCAACGGAGCGUCGGGUGGAGAAUUGCGCUCGGGCCGACGGCGUGCGCGUGAGUUGGUGGCCGAGGCUGCGCUGCUCGACGGCGAGACGGCGGCCAUUUCGUUUCUCGGCGACGCGGUCAAGCGUCGACGGCAACACAUGCUGUCCGAUUGCGUCAAGCCGGAGGCGUCGGGCAAGCUGAGUCUGGCCGAUUUGAGUCCGGCAACUGGGCGGAUUGACGGAGAAGAGGACUACCCGUUGUCGGAGGAGGGCCAGACGGAGCGACUGGACGAGAGGGAGGCGCGACGACGGGUUACGGGGCGCGAUGAGGAGGCGGAUGAAGACGAGGAUGAAGAUGAAGAAGAAGAAGAGGAGGGCGAUGGUGAGGAGGAGGAGGAGGAGGAGGAGGAGGAGCGAAAGACAGAGGCGGACGGGAAGGGGCAGGGGAAGUACGAGGAGAACGGCGGUUCGACAGCAGCCUCUCCGUUGUCACGGCCGCCCAUCCUCGUCACUCUG